UAGAUUGUCCAAAUCUCCAAGCCCGGCGAAUCAGUCCCCAGCACCCGUCCUCUGCAGCAUCACCUACGGCUGUCGUGCAUAAGCGGGCCCAUCAUAUCGCUCGCGCGUCGCGCUGGCAGAUGGACCGACUGACUGACUGGCCGUAGCCUUACCCUUGCAAGAGAGACAAACCCUUUACCAUAGGUACGUAUGCCAUAUGGUAUGGUCCAUCAGAUACUACCUAUCGUUACGAGGUACCUACCCUCUCCGUACACCGCAGCCCAUUCAAUCAAUCAAUCGAGCAAAUUCGGUGUCGAACCCGUCCGAGUCUGGGUUCUGGCAUGCCACAUGAGAAAGCAACCCUCGCUCCCGACCUCCAAACGGGAAACCCAUCCAUACCCGCUUCUGCAUCUGCAUACUGCAUCGUUUACUUUUCUCGUCUUUUCCUCGCGGGCAUGCCGAACUGCAGUCGGUGGGCCAUGGUGCCACACAAACCAUACCCUAUCCUCUCUCCGUCCAUUCCCCUUCCGUCACUCUCUCUUCCUCAUUAUCGUAAUGACCUAACCGGUUGUUCGUCUUGUAACUUGUUUAAGGUUUAACCUUUGACCUUAGACCUGGGAUGAUUGACUAGUACAUUAGGUCUAAGGUCCUCGUGUUGGUGACUAGUU